GCACUAUCUACGAUACCAGUUGAUAAUUGAUUCAAUUUCUUAGUGAAUCAUGAUGGGUAUUCGCAAAUUUUGUAGACAACUUCACACAUUAUCUCGUGAAUUUGGCCCCAGCGAGACGUUGAAGAGGAAGGUUGCUGAAUUGAAAGUGAAGAAGAAAUGGAAAGAUCCUCGGAAGAAUCAGUUAUUUGUUCAGGUUCCUGAUUCAAGAUCAUUCCUUGAUACUACUACUAUGCCCAUGAUACUCACUGUUGUUGGGACCACACUUUUCGCAAAGCUCCCCAUGAUGUAUGAUGAUUCGAAGUCGCAGGAUAUGAUUGAGCGAAAAAUAUAGAAUGCGCCUGCUGGUCAAGGAACAGUUAGGAUGCUUACCCGCGAGGAAUGGGAAUUAGUUCAGGAAGUGCGACCAAGAACUCCGUUUGAAUCUAAACUAGCCCGUCCAAAUGCAAAGCUUAGGACAGGGGAGCCUUUGAAGAUGGAAGAUGUCAAGGAUUGGACAAUAGUUGUUAUAACUGACGCACUAACACGAGCUGAAGAAUGUGUUAAACGAGGAUCGAACUAAGCUUUUAAGUCUAUAACAGUGGUAAGCUAGUUUAACAACAAUUGCUUCUUAUGUACUAGAAAGGCUCUACAACCUCAGCUGCCCAUUACAACAUACCAUCCUUCU